GAGGCUCUCGCCGGAUUCCAGGGCUGGACCCUCCACCUCAUCUCUCCAUAAUCUUCCUCCACCACCACCACCACCUCCUCCUCCUCAUCACCAUCAUCAUCAUCAUCUCCCCUCCAUCUCUCCGUCACACAGAGGAGCAGCGCGAGCAGCAGCCAUGGCGACCGUGGUCCAGCCGCUCACCCUGGAUCGAGAUGUGGCCAGAGCCAUUGAGCUGCUGGAGAAGCUGCAGGAGUCCGGCGAUGUCCCCGUGCAGAAGCUGCAGUCCUUGAAGAAGGUGCUGCAGAGCGAGUUCUGUACUGCCAUCAGAGAGGUGUACCAGUACAUGCAUGAAACAAUUACGGUAAACGGCUGUCCGGAGUACCAGGCACGUGCCACGGCCAAGGCCACAGUGGCUGCCUUUGCUGCCAGCGAGGGUCACUCACACCCCCGGGUGGUGGAGCUGCCUAAGACAGAGGAGGGGCUUGGCUUCAACGUCAUGGGCGGCAAGGAGCAGAACUCACCCAUCUACAUCUCUCGCAUCAUCCCUGGGGGCGUUGCUGAGAGGCACGGUGGCUUAAAGCGGGGAGACCAGCUGCUGUCCGUCAACGGCGUGAGCGUCGAGGGCGAGCACCACGAGCGAGCGGUGGAGCUGCUGAAGGCAGCCAAGGACAGCGUGAAGCUGGUGGUUCGCUACACGCCCAAGGUCCUGGAGGAGAUGGAGGCCCGCUUUGAGAAGCUGCGCACGGCACGCCGCCGCCAGCAACAGCAGCUGCUCCUGCAGCAGCAGCAGCAGCAGAAUCCGGCUGCUCAGCACAACCACACGUCGUAGGAAGAAAAACUAGAGGACCGCGAGCCGGUGGUUGAUCGAACAUCCGUCCCCGAUUUGGCAGAAACCACCAAACAGGAAAGAAGUCAGUCCCAUUCUCUAACGUGGCCCCGUGUAGAACCGUUGUCAUCAUCGAUGUCGUCCAACAAAAAACCCGAUGGUGUGCGUUCUUUAAUGUACGCGUUGGUGCUCGAACAACAUCCACGGUCAGACAGUAGUCAGAUCCGCACUGAACAAAUAUCUGAUUUGAGCUACGCGUCGAUCCCAACUCUUCAUUCCACCAUUGGCCAACGUUCGUUUUUUUCGGUUUCCUCCGUUUCUCGAUCGUCUUCUUCGGUUCUUCAGAGGAUUUUUUUUUUUCGCCUUCACUCAGGUCUGAAAAUUCCGACCGCGAAAUCCGCGUCUUGCGCGAACGGUCGGCGGUUUCUGGCUCCGAACAUUCGGUCCAUAUUUCGACGUACAUUUUUUUUUUUUUUCGCGCCAGUGUAUCGUAGCACAAAGAAUGAGCAAUAACCGUCUCCUUGUUAAAACGCAACGGACGACACGGGGGCGA